GCUAUCACACACCUGCGAGAGAAACAGGAAGAAAAGGUAGUUUGCCAGGAGUGAAGACCACACACAGGUUGUCGUUGUAGGUGCAAGAAGUCGCAGUGAAAGCAUAUAUGGCAUGUGCAUUUAUAAAUGGCUAAGUUCUUAUACCUGGGAGUGCAAAUGAUGUGGACUGGAGUACUGCUGCUGUUCACUCUGGAUCUCUGGGUAUCUGCAGAUGAACUGGGACGUCCAACGACAUUGUGGUGGGACAAUGACAUUCAAGUCAAAAACAACAGCAAUCAACCGUCAUGGAGGCAUAUAUUUAGAAAGUAUUGUGAUUCAACACACAUUAAGGAUUGUGAUCAUGGUUAUUACAGAAAGAGAAGAGGACCAUAUAAGGGACACUGUGUGCCAUGCAACUGCAAUGGCCUGUCCAAUGACUGCGACCCACAUACUGGAAAAUGUUUGAACUGCCAGUUUAAUACAGCCGGCGACCACUGCGAGCGUUGCAUGGAGGGUUACUACGGCAGUGCCGUUAUGAGAACCUGUCAUAUGUGUCCUUGUCCCUUAGCAGACCCAUCCAAGAGUUUUGCAGUCGGAUGUCUUAGGGUUGGAGAUGAGUUUGAGUGUUUGUGCAAACCUGGUUACUCUGGAGUUCAAUGUGAGAGGUGUGCGCUUGGAUAUUACGGCAACCCUUUAGCGGAAAGAGGAAGUUGUCAGCCGUGUGAUUGUGACCAUCGUAACGUAUGUGACCCCCUAACAGGCGAUUGUUAUGAAGCAGAUGACCCAGAUACUGGCAACUGCCUUGAGUGCGAUACCUGUGUCAUUAAGUUAAUGGAUGAUCUUAACGCGAUGGAUGAUGAGCUCUCCAGACUGAAGACUCAACUUGAGUCUUAUAGUCGGAAUGCUACUUCACACACAGGACUGAAAAAACUUGAAGAUGCCAUUGCUGGUACAAAGGUUUUGGUCCACAAGUACUCUAAAUCUGUCGUCGGACUGAAACCAAAGGUUUUGGAGCUUGAAUCUGAUCUUGAAAGUGUCAAAGAUGACCUCACCGUUCUCAAUAACAAGGCAAUUGAGAUGUUUUGUACUGCAGGUCAGUUGUUAAAAACUCUGGACCAAACUUAUCAAAGAGGGGACAACCUACGAUCUGAGAGUGUAAAUCUCUUACAAAAGAUACAAGAGUUCUUGGACGAGUUGAAGCAAUCAAACCACACAGGUGGGAACACAGAAGAGGCCGCCAGGAUGAUCAAAGAAGCCCUGUGGAUGCUGAAGAAGAUGCGAAAACAAAGCUGCAGGAUUCAGACAGAACUAGCUAAUGAGGAACUCAGAAAAGCACGAAAACUACUCAACCUCAUCUUGAAUGACCUGAUGGUUCCUCUGAAUGGCUCCUUGAUAGUGGCCGAUCGUAUUAGACAAAAACUCAUGGAUCAAGCAGAAGAUCUUAGAGAUAUACAAGAGGCACUUAAAUAUGCAGAGCAUGACGUGAUCAAGGCCAAUGAUGUCAAUAAACUCAAUGAGGAACAGCUGAGAAAUAUUUUGAAACAGUUAAAGGUAUUGGGGAAAAACCAAGGAAAUAUCAUAGCCAAUGUGGACAUGACCAGAAGGACACUAAAAGAGACACUGGAUCUCCAAAAAAUGAUGGCUGACCUAACAAAGGAAAUUACUCAUCUAGCAGCUAUGAUUGAUGGAGCAAAAAACGAACUAGACGCAAAACUCAAGCUCCUUUCCAAUGCUACCGCUAAGGCCGGAAUUGUGAGACGGGCUGAGGAGCAUGCGGAGGAACUUAUGAAACUAGCUAUGGACUUUCAAAUGGUCAUACUGAACAUCACCAACUCAACUGCUGUUCAGAAAGCAGUCGAAGCCAUCGAAGCAUUUACAGAUGUCAUUGAUGCCAUUAAGGAGGCGGAAGCUGCCGCCAAACAUGCUAAAGAAGCGGCAGACCAGGCUUUUGAGGAUGUACGAGGACAAGAUCUACAAAAUAAAGCCAACGAUUUGAAAAAUCUUGCAAAUAUUCUGUUGGUGAAAGCCAAGGAAGCGGAGAUACAGCUAAAAGAUGUCACGCAAAAAUGUGAAACUUACAAGAACCUGAUCCAACAGGCCAAAGACAAACAGAACGAGCUGGAGCAAGUCUUGCAAGAUGUGUUGGGGAGGAUGAACAGCAUCAAAAGGGAUGAUAUUCGUGUCCUCAUCAACCAAGCCAAGGAAGGUGCUGCAGAUGUGAACGCCACAGCAAGUGUUGCAGUGACCAGAAUGCAAAACAUCAGUGAAGAACUUAGCAAAAUCAAGAUUUCCUCUAAUGAUUCGAACCUGAACGACUUACUUGAUGGCGUCAACAAAACAUUGACAAACCUGGAUCAGUCUUUCCCUUCACUGAUUGACAAACUAAACAACGUGGAGAACCAAAGCCAGCACCUGCCUAGUUCAGCCAACAUCUCCAACAGCAUCCAAAGAAUCAAAGACUCGAUCGAACAGACCAGAGAUGCAGCCAACAGAAUCAGAGGGCCUAUCUUUUUUUCUGGUGAAGCUCACAUUGAACUUCGAACUCCUAAAGACUUGGAAGACUUCAGAGCCUUCACAGCUCUUAAUCUUUCUCUGCACCAACCAAAAGCUCGAGGCGAUGGAAGACGUAGACGCCAACUGGGUUCGGAAAACAACCAGUUUGUUUUUUAUCUUGGAAAUAAGCAUACAAUCGGGGAUUUCAUUGGCCUGGUUGUGAAGAAUGAUGUCCUGUUUUGUGUCUACAAAGUGGGUGGCCAUUAUAAUGAGAUAAAGACCAGCGAAAUCACCAAGUCCAGCAAUGACAAAGCUUUUAUGGAUAGGGUGGAUUUCCGCAGAGUUUAUCAAGAUGCGCAGGUCAUAUACACUGAGACUUUCACUUCAGCUGAACCAAAAGCGCAGACGCCCAUAACUAAAAAGUCUACAAACAUGAGUGGAUUGCUCGAUCUGGAUCCCAAUGAGGUCGUCUUAUAUGUGGGCGGAUACCCCAAAGAUUUUAAGCCACCUGAAGAGCUUCGGUACCCAGGAUACAAGGGCUGUAUUGAGUUUUCUAUGUUAAACGAUCGAAUCCUUGGCUUGUACAACUUUCAGCGUGCCACCAAUGUCACAAAAAACGACAUGUGUCAAAGGGGAAAAGUCCACACGUUGGAAGAUUAUUUUGAUGGCACAGGUUAUGGAAAAGUUGAUGUAUCAAACCUGAAAUCUUCUAUUAGGUUCUCUGUUACAAGUCAUCAAAUGGAUGCAGUGCUUUUUUACAUGGGAAAUGAGAGCUUGCACUUCUUAGUUACGUUGGAAGGAGGCUAUAUUGUUUUGCGAACACAAAACGAAAGCGUAACAAUUGUUGAAAAGUCCCAAGUUAAAGUAUUUCCCCAAACAAACUCCAUCCAGAUCAGAAUGUCUGUGGCUACAAAUAGACCAACAAUGAUAACUGUCACAAGCUACAUCAACAUUUUGCUUGGAAAUGUCAAAGGGCUUUUCGAGGAUGCCUACAUUGGUGGUGUUCCGCUAGCAGUUCGGGAAAAAUAUAAUAUUGUUCUUCCGCCAUUUAGAGGAUGUGUCAGAAAUGUCCUGGUAGAUGUCAGUGCUUCUUUUACAGAGGAAGUUGGAAUCGUCCGAGGUUGUCCAAAUCUUUUGCUGGGUUCCCGAGAGGCUACUUUUGAAUUUGGGAGUUCUCUCUCUCUGUCGCCUACUGUUAAAGAUACAGACCCGGAGACAAUGGUUUCAUUUGGAUUUAAGACAUCUCAGGAGAAUGUUUCAGCCUUAAUAAUGACUGGUGGAAUGAAUAACGAGUUUGCCCUGUCUUUGAAUAACGGCUAUGUCGAAAUGAGUGACAGUAAAGAAAAAUUAACAUCCACAAACAAAUGUGAAACUGGAAAAUGGCACUACAUAACAGCCUUCAAAAGUGGAGCAGGGAUGCAGCUAAACGUUGACAACACAGAUAUUGGAGAUCCACCAUCAAUAUCCACAUUUGCUGAUUUUGGAGAAAAUGUGAUUUUAGGGAAUGGUUUAAUUGUAGGCUGUAUGAGGAACCUGUAUAUACGGAGUCUACAGACCGACAAUAUUCCAGCCGACUUGAGCAGAUUCAACCAGACUGGAAAUGUAUCUUUGGGAUUUUGUAAUGCACAGCGCCCCCUUAUGGACACUUAUAAGAAGCGUGCAAGACGUAUUGGAAUUACACCCAACAGCAAUUUGGAAAGAUCUAAACAAGGCUGUAAAAACCCAAAGUCCAUCAAAAACACCUUCCACCUUGGUUCCAACAGCCAAAUGCAGUUUAAAAUAGAUCCAGAGGAGCUCAAUAACAGGCUGAAUUUCACUCUGGACGUCCGUACCAAAUCAUCUGAAGGACUUUUACUCCAAAUCUCAGGGAAGCAUGGUGUUCCUCUUGUGAUCUUGUAUUUGAAUAAUGGGAAAGUCAAACUCUCUGUUGGGGGAGAUGAAGUAAUCUCCUCUCAGAGGAUCAAUGAUGGUGACUGGCACAAUGUAUGUAGCAAAAUGCUAAAAUGUUGUGUUUCAACAACUGUUUUUCUCAAGUUUUAUUUCAUGUUGUGUUUACAGAUCAAGUCCAGCUUGAAGCAACACAAGUUUCAUUUAGUUGUGGAUGGCGUUCGAACACCCGAUGGACAUCCGUUGAAAGGAUUCACACUUCGUCUGCAGUCCCCUGUCUAUGUGGGACACGGAAAAUUUCAGAUGCUUCACAUAACACAAGAAAAAGUACCUCAGAAGAGUGUAAUUGGAUGCAUUCGUGACCUCAGGGUUUCUAAGGUUCUCCUUACAGAUCCAGCUGCCAGUCGUGGGGUUACGCCCUGCUUCAAAGGCGUGCUUGACAAGGGGGCCUAUUUUGCUGGAAAUGGCGCACAUUUGAUCUUAGAAAAGUAUCUUUUCUUUGGUUCUACAUACAAGCUGGCUUUUGAAUUUCGACCCAGGAACCUCACCGGCCUAGUCUUCCACAAAAACGAUAAACGUGAACGGACGCUCACUCUGUUUCUCAAGAAAGGAAAGGUGGUGUUGAAAGCGUAUGAUGGACAGCGCCGCUAUGUAACCACACUGACCCCAACACGACCACUCUGUGAUGCAUUUCACUAUGUGAAAGUGUCCAUACGACGGAAGACCAUCGAGCUGAGAGUGGAUGAACUGACCUCACGAGUGAGGCAAACGUCUGUAUACCGUUCUCCAUCGCAUGAAACGAUCUACAUCGGUGGCAUUUCAGAGAAUCGAAGCGAAGAAGUGGAAAUGCGGGAAUCUUAUGUGGGGUGUUUGAGAAAUGUGCGGCUUAAUCAAAAUCCUGUCACAUUUGAUGACGUGACAAGCAUUUUCGGCUCUGUAAACACCAACGAGUGCCCAGUAGAAUAAUAGAAAUGGCGAUCAAGCAAAGCUCAGCAGUACUAAUUUUGGAAUAAAACAGUUUUGGUAAUUGUUUUCCUAAAGUGGUGUAAAAAACAAACUAGAUAGGCAAAAUGAAAGCAUUUCCUCAAUGGUUAGAAUCAAUGUUUAGAAGGCUCAAAUGUAAAAAUGUGUAUGGAAAUAAAAAUAUAUUUUAAA